GCUGCGAUUUUACGGUUUAUUGUUUUCUCAAUUUUCCAGGAAAACGUAACUUAACUGUUUUAGACUCAGAAUGUGGCCACUACUUGUACACUUUCUACGGUCAAAUGCUGUAUAUAUUACCCUUCCGGUGGCCGCUGUGGUUGGCGUAGUUGGGUACAACAUUGAGAACCUGCUUUCCGAUAAAUACACUCCGUACAGCGCAUCUAUAGAGGAGAAACGAGUGGAAAGAAUCACAGAUGACGCCCAUCUUAAGGAUGCGACGAAUGUCGAAAAACUUGUCUACAAAGAAAACGUUCUGGGUAGAAACCUAUCUCCUUCCCUUGAAAAAAAGUAGAAUGUUCUUUUUUAAAGAUUGUGUGUAA